AUGAUGAUACUGAACCCUAUGCCUGGGCCCUCUAGGGUGCCUGCAUGGAAGGCAGGAAGAAGGGGGUUAAACGUGUAUCUGUGUAUCAGCGGAGAUGGCACUCUGGGACUGCAUGUGGACUCUGGCCCAGAUGGCAGAAUCCUCAGCCCGGAAACACUGGACGGGAACGGGCUGAUGUGGGACAAAGCAUCCACAACAGCGUCGCUCAGUCUGAGGAGCAGUCCCGACCUGAAGACCUGGGACUCUUCUCCUUUCUCCUCUGAAAGCAGGGCAGCAUGGCUGGGCCCUGACACUGUCCUUGAGGACUCCCUGGAGGCCCCCACCACCCGCCCAGAUGGCUGA